GUAGUGAUUAAGCAUGGUCCCAGGUGAGGAAAUAAAUGGCUGUCAUAAUUAACAAUAUUUACCCACUUUUCGGUCAGGAUAUUUGGAUGUGUUGUUCCUAUCAGAAACUAAACAUUUUCUUCAAUUGGUUUGUUAACUUUCACUUCUACCUUGGAAGAUAAGUUUAGUUUAUAGGAUCAUAGUGGAUUUCAUUCAGCUGUCUGUUUUCUAAUUUUACCUUUUACCAAAUUCUCAUUGGCAUUAUUAGCUAGCAGUUUUGUCUGGUGCUAAGUCUGGAUUUAAUGUACUAUGUUAUAUAUGACAACCCCUUCCCAUCUUAAUGCACCUUCUAAUUUACACCAAUUCUUCCUCUAUGAGAAAUGGUGAAUGAGAAGCCUAAAACUGCAAUGCCAUUUCAACCACCACAGUUACUGUCAUCUCCAAAGCUGGCCCUAUGGCUAUCAUAUUUUUAGGAGGAGUUGUUGAACUUUUCCUUUUGUGAUCCAAGAUAGUAAAUUCCCAUGUGAACUAUUUUGACGAAAAGGUUAGAAGCUAUUAUUUUCAACUUGAAGGUUUUUUCCCAAUGAGACAUUAUUCUCUAGGAAGUGUUCUCUAGUCAAUUUGGAUAAUCCUUUUGAACCACAUUCUUCUGUUUCUCUUGGGGUCUUCUUCAUUUCAUUUUGAGCCUCCUCAUUCUGCUUAAGUUUAUGCCUUUUUGGUGAAAAAUGAAUCAAAUGAUGAAAUCUCCAUCACAACCAACAUUUGAGGCAUGCCAUUAUCAUGACUAUGGAUUUUAUCUGCAACAAGACUUUUGCCUGUUCUUGGAGGAAGCAAAGCAACAUGGAAAGGAAGCAAAGCUGAAGAGUUCAUCAGUGUACCCUGAAGAAUCUGGUAAAGCUGGAUCAAAGGAAGAGAAAAAGGGGAAGAAGUCAUGGAAAAGUUCUCUGACUUCAUGGUGGAAAUCUGACAAGAAAAGCGGCAAGCAUAGUGAAAACCCCACCAACAAUUCUAAGCCAAAGGGUUCUGUGAAAAGGCAUGGUCAUUCUUCUGGUCCAAUGUAUAACUCCUGCAAUAGUUCUGAUGGUAAACACUGGCGUCCAACAUCUGGUCCUCUUGUGAGUCUUUUCAAACCCUCAAAGAGAGAGGAAAAUGAUAUACCUUAUAUCUCUCUCCACCAACAAAAUAGCCCUCCUACUGGAAAGAACUAUGGCCCUCUUUAUGUGGUCACUUGACUUGUGUUGUACUAGCAUAGUUGCAAGCUACGGUGACACAAGCUUCACUGAGAAAGAGUUACUGAUUUGUUGUGUUGGUUGUUGAGAGAUUUUGCUGGCCAAUGACAAUGUAACAGAACAAAAACUCUUCGUGAGAAACAGAAUAUUAUGUUUUUGAUUUUGAAUAUGAAUUGUCUUUGCUCUUU